AUGGAGGUCACGAUCGUAGUGAGAGACGUCGUGCUCAAGUUGGACGAUGUCGCGGUGAAGGACGGCGAAGGGGUGGUUGUCUGUGUUUCAGAGGUGGUGGACACUACUGAGGACGUCGUUGAUGUGGACAGGACAGACGUCGUCGAGGUAACAGUAGCAGUCGUGGACGAUGUGGACGGCGUCACGGAUGUUAUAGAGAACGUCGAGCUCGAUGUCGGCGUUGACGUUGCGACAGCAAAGGAGGUACUGCUGCUACUACUGGUUGUUAUGAUUGACGUCGAUGACGUGGAGGAUAUCGUCGAGGUGUCACUCGUGGAUGCCGCAUCGCUCGUAGUCGUUGGCGUUAUCGACGACCCGCCACUUGAUCCCGACCCCGCCGCACUCAAAACCACUCCAGCGCUAUCCGUAACCGACACCUAUCCUUCGCCCGUAGAAGUUGCCUAUAUUUCAUCAGCGCAAUCCAUUGGGUGUCUUUUCAUCAGGACAUACGGAGGUGGGCUGGCUGGUGCCGGAUUCGCUCGCAGGUCCCUGACGAGGGCGCAGUUGGCGCUUAAGAGCCAUUAAAGUCGCAUUGAAGGAUCGAGAUAGGCAUGCACUACGGUAGCAAGGAGAGAAACAAGUGGAAGAAGGAACAAACAACGAAAACGAGGCUCGUCGGAUCGACUGUCACACGGCAUUUGCCGCAGUGUCGCGACACUCGGAUUUUGUCUUUACUCCAAAUGACGACAAGCCGAGAAGGGUCGGGGAAUGUCAAGCAGUACGCCAAUCUCUCGUGUACAAAGACGCUAUGUCGUCCUG